AUGGACACUGAUCAUGAACUGAAAAUGAAUCUUUCUCGCAGAGAGAUUCGGGUGCUUUUACUUCAUGAAUUCCGUCUUGGUCACAAUGUAACGGAAGCAGCCAGCAACAUAUGCAGCACGAUGGGGGAGGAUGUACUCCCUACUCAUACGGCACAACAUUGGUUCAAUCGCUUCAAGAACGGUAACUUAGAACUCGACGAUUUACCUCGGUACGGUAGACCAUUGGAAGUGGAUGUGGAUCUCUUAAAGCAGCUUAUCGAACAAGAUCCUCGAUUGACUUUACGGUGCUUAGCAGAGCACCUUGGAUGCUCUUAUGUUGCAGUGGAAAAACAUCUGAUCGAAUUAGGCAAGACAUGGAAAUAUGGAGUUUGGAUACCCCACGAGUAA